AUUCGUCCUCCAGCAGCAGCAGCUGUUUCCACUCCGCCAUCAGCUCCUCUCUCAGAUAAAAGCAGCUGCUGCAGGUUGGAAACAUUGUCUCAGCUUCUUGAGCUUUCUUUUGAGAAGCAGCAUUAGCAUCAAGUGCAUCAGAAUGAGGGUGUUAUUGGUUUGUCUGCUUGUUGGAACUGUUACAUGCCUUCCUCAAGGCUAUCAGCCCAGAGGGAAUCCUCCCUUCCCUGGACAAUAUCAAGCUGAGCCGGUCUAUGAAAGACCUUCUGGACAGUCUCCUGGUUAUAGUGGCUUUCCAGGAUAUUUCACCAGUGGAACCAACACAGCUGGAGGCAGUGGAAGUCCUUCAUGGUACACUGGUUCAUAUCCUGAGCAAGAACCAGCCAAGCCAACUUACCAGAGACCUGCACAGUCCAGUGGUCAAGGCAGCUACAGCGGUGGUGACAGCAGCUACUCUGGUUCUGGAUCUCAACAGUCUGGUUCCCAGGGCGCUCAGUCUGGAGCUCCAGGCGGCCAGUACCAGGUUGAACAGGAGAGCUGGAGCUCAUCUGAUGAUGAGGAGCCAGAGUUCACUCCAGUGAGCGACGAGGAUCAAGUGUACGCUUUCAAGUCUCGCUCUCGCUACAACCAGAAACGGCUGCUGUUCAGCCAGUUCCGCUACACUCCAACAGAACCCCGUGUUCCUCAAGAACCAGUGUUCCCAUACCCCAGCAAGUCAUCUCAUCAGGGCAAAGGUUCAAUGAAAGGAGGCCGCUGAGGACUGCCUGUCAUGGGUGUUUU